UUACGAUGAACUGCAUCUGGCCCUUGCAUUUGAAUUCUCCUUGGAUCAUAGUAAUGACACUGAAUGUUUUCUUUCAUUGCUUUCCAAUGCUGUUCUUCUUUUGUCUUAAUUAGCACAGAGAAUAAAAUACAUCAAGCCUGGGUAACAAAUGAAUAUGCUGAAGCCCAGCUGCACAACAUUGUCAGAAGAAUGCGGGCAAGGACAGAAGCCUAUAAAGAAAAGCUGACUGAUGCAUUAUUGUCCUCUCCUGAGGCUAGCCCGACAGCGUCUCCAUCUAAAAAGAAGGCACAGCCACUUCCCCCACCACCACCACCACCAACAGAAGAAAAAAAAGAAGAAAGAGAAGAAGCAGCCAAGCUGGAGGAGGAUCAUUACUGUGACAUGUGGUGCUAUAAAUUCAAGAAACCUCCACUGAAAAAAUAUCUGAAGAUAAUAAGGCUUCCAGAGAGCAUAGAUGCUUACACAGAUCACUACUAUGUAGUAUGGCUCCUGCUUGUUACUAUAGCCUAUAACUGGAACUGUUGGUUCAUUCCACUGCGCUGUAUGUUCCCAGUUCAAACAUCAAGCAACCUAUUUUACUGGAUUAUCAUAGAUAUCCUAUGUGAUAUCUGCUACCUGUGUGACUUGCUGAUAUUCCAGCCCCGAAAGCAAUUUGUAAAAGGUGGAGAUAUAAUAGCAGACAAGAUAGAAAUGAAAGAAUUCUACCAAAAAUCUUUGAAAUUUCGGUUUGACCUGGCAUCAGUAAUACCAUUUGAUGUUCUAUACGUCUUCUUUGGGUUUAACCCCAUGUUUAGAGCCAACAGGGUAUUAAAGCAUAACACAUUCUUUGAGUUUAAUGAUCGGUUGGAAGCUAUCCUGGACAAAGCAUACAUCUACAGAGUCAUUCGAACAACUGGAUACCUGCUGUUUAUCUUGCACAUUAAUGCAUGCCUUUAUUACUGGGCUUCAGACUAUGAAGGAAUUGGCAGCACCAAAUGGGUGUAUGAUGGCAAAGGAAAUAUGUACCUGAAGUGUUACUACUGGGCAAUUCGCAGUUUAAUUACCAUUGGUGGCCUUCCAGAACCACAAAACCUGUUUGAGAUAAUCUUUCAACUGCUGAAUUAUUUCUUGGGUGUCUUUGUGUUCUCCAGCUUAAUUGGUCAGAUGCGGGAUGUAAUUGGUGCAGCCACAGCAGGGCACAACUACUAUCGUUCGUGCAUGGACAACACGGUCUCCUACAUGAACACCUAUACCAUUCCAAAAAUGGUUCAGAAUCGUGUGCGAAACUGGUAUGAAUAUACGUGGGACUCUCAGGGAAUGCUGGAUGAAUCAGAAUUACUGGAGCAGAUGCCAGCCAAAAUGCAGCUAGCCAUUGCUAUUGAUGUGAACUUUGCCAUUGUCAAUAAAGUGGACUUAUUCAAAGGGUGUGAUACUCAAAUGAUUUACGACGUGCUGCUAAGAUUGAAAUCCAUUGUGUAUUUACCUGGUGACUUUGUCUGCAAAAAGGGAGAGAUUGGCAGAGAGAUGUACAUCAUCAAACAGGGAGAAGUUCAUGUUCUUGGAGGCCCUGACAGCACAAAAAUCCUUGUUACCCUGAAAGCAGGAGCAGUAUUUGGGGAGAUCAGUCUGUUAGCAGCAGGUGGAGGAAAUCGACGGACUGCUAAUGUGGUGGCACAUGGAUUUGCCAACCUUUUUAUUCUAGACAAGAAGAGCCUCCAUGAAAUCUUGGUGCACUAUCCUGACUCCAAAAGGAUCCUGAUGAAGAAGGGAAGGGUGCUGCUUAAGGAGAAGGGUAAGCCUACUGAUGGUCCAAACCAGCAAGCAAGAGGUUUGGCUAGCUUAUUUGGCCCCAAACCCCAAACUCCUAAGCUGUUCAGAGCACUACUUGGAAAUUCAAGCAAAGGAAGCAUUGGUAUGCUGCUCAAGCUGAAGAUAAAGCAAGCAGACCAGGAAAAGAAACCUGACCCAGAGGAAAAGAAACCCAAGGCAGAAGCAGAACCCCAAACCCCAAAUGAACAAAAGGAAGAGCCGCUUGCAAAUUCUCAGCCUCUACCCAACUCAGGUUUGCAUAGAGGAAUCACUAACAAGUCUCUUAUCGUUACCAUGACUCCUUCCACCACAGCAGGAGAAGGAGAGAUUCUUACUGUUGAAGUCAAAGAAAAAAAAGCAGGAGUAGACAGUGGAUAAGUCUAUGGUUUAAUCUAGAGUUUUGCUGAAGUCAUAGAGAACACAGUGUGGCUUUCAACUUUAAAAAGCAAAAUUAGUUUCUUCCUCCAUUUUAGGGACAAUUGGGUAAAUCAUUUAUGUACUUUGUCUCUAGCCAUUUUUUGUGUAAAAAACAUCAUAUUUCAGGUCUAUUUAUUUCUCGUUUCUUUCAUGCUGUCACUCAUCCUUUACUCUUUACCCCUACUUUUCCUUUUCCCUCUUCUAGUUUUUUUUAUCUCGCUACUUUUUCUCAUUUUUUUAAGUCUUUAUUUUCAUGUGGUCCUUUUCUAUUUCCUCUUCUUGUUUCCAAUUAUAAUUCUCUACCUCCUUACUGCAUUAAUAUUGCUGAGAUUGUUUGUUUCUUGUUAUUUUUCUGUCUCCUCCUUUUAUAUUGUUAGUACAUGAAUUGCUUUUAUAACCCACAUGGGCUCACUUUGAAUACUGAUGAUCAGGGUUUCAUGUGUUUAAAGGCUUUAAUUUGGUCUCCAGGGGGCAGAGAACCACCUAGCACAACUAUCAUCCAUAAGUCAAUGCAAUCAACAAAAAAAUUCUCUUGCAGUCAAGAAGCUCUUUACAUUGUCUGUUGGCUCUUAUCUCACAUGUUUUUUAGUGUAUUCAUGCCCAAAUAGGAAGAGGUAGUUAGCUGUGUUAGUCUGAAGCCAGGCAGAAGGCAGGGCACAGUGGUGGUAUGUUAGAGACUAUUUCAGAUAGACAUAAUGUUUCUUAAGUGACAACUCAGUUGCUUUGAUUCAUAAACGUAACCCCAAUCCAACUCUGGGGUCAUACAAUCUGAAAAAGUCAGCUGUCACCUACAAAAACUAUGACCUUUCUGAAGCUGUUAGUUUCUAAGGGCCGUAGCAGAUGUUACAUCUAUGGCAAAAUUAACAUGCUAGUCACAUCAUAAAUUGCAACAUGCCACAGAUUCAGCCAAUUCAUGGUGUGAUAAAAUGGAAAACCAGCUACAAAGAUGUUCCACUUACAAUAUUAUAUGUGGAACAUCUUUGUGGCUGGUUUGAAUCAUACCUUAAGUUGAAAAUGUGGCAUGUAUCGCAGACAUGGGACUGCCUUAUGCUUGAUGCUGAAUGAUCAACUGAUCAUUGGUAUGAGGCUUGAAGACUUGAGCUGAUUGUCACAAUCAGACAUGGGGUAUGCCUGGGAUCCAGGAAACAGCUUCCCUUUGCCCAGUUCCCAGAAUUGGACUGGGGACAGUCCUGGGAUCCAGUUUGGUCCUAGCAGUCCCACAACUGGGAUCUAAGGAAUAUUAUGCUCCAUCCCAGAAGUGACAAGUUUGGCAUGACAGGACAUGGGAUUUUUAGGAUAAUAUUCCUCAGAUGCCAAUCAUGCCAUGGUAUUAACUUCUGUUGAGGGCAUAGGGUGCCACCCUGACCUGUCUUAUACCCAAAUAUAGAGUCACAUUGUGUAACUAUUGACUUAUAUGUUCCUAAUAUUGUGUAACAAGAACUUUCCUUGUUUUUAUACUAAAUAUUUUUAAUAAGAAUAAAUGAUCUUUCAUGCACAACAGGGACAUAAUCAUAUUAGAAAACUGAUACAGAAUAAUUCAUCUAAUGUACAUGAUAGCAUCUUAGCAUAAUUUCAAAAUUGAACACUCUAAUAUUCCUACUUUGCAAAUGAUGCCUUUUGAGUCUAAUAAAGAUAUGCUCACCGAUUUGAAUAUAUGAGUUUCAUAUUGUUCUGAAGUAAAGUCAGUGUUAGCCUGUGUGAUGUAAUACAGACUGUUAAAAAAUAUGUGUUAAUGUUCUGAUGUUGCAGCAGAAAUCUGACCCACUUCUGUAAAUUCAAGUGCUGUCACAGAGCUUUCA